AACAACGCAGACGGGUGCGGGGUCACAAAAGGCAAAAAAAAGAAUCAACACAUUCUGUGGUCGUGACGAAAAGACGAAAAAGUGUACCCGUAAGCAGCAUAUUUGUGACUUGUUCUUUACACCCCCGUUCUCAGUGUGUCAGUGUGCGCAAGGUGAAGUGAGGCAGCAUAAUUCGUAGCAUAGAUUCAGCAGCAGCACCACCACCCUUCAUUCAGACGUCCGAGCUGCUGCUGUGUACAGAUUACGUGUUUUGCGACGUGCAAAUAGUAAAAGAAACAACAUACACACACACACACAUACUCCUCUCUGCUAUCAUCCGAUUACACUCCGACAACGGCAAGGACAACCCUCCCCAGUAGUGCCAUCGUGCCGUGAGGAUUGUGCGCGUUGAGGGAAACAAAGUAGUGGAACUAAACUCCAAAAUCCGCGUGGGCAGAAGUGUACGGGGUCAAUCAAUCACGAACACUCGACUCGGCGUGUAAUGGCAUUCCAUCGUACGACCGUCGGUUGUUGUUGCACCCGCCAAGCCUGUUGAUAGUAUGUCGACCACCGGAAGGCGUCGGAUAGUGUCACGGAUCCGUGCGGAGUCGGUCGGGUUGAGAAGAAUCGCGACCACUGCCGCCAGCCUGUACCCGAUCGGUACAGCAGCAACCACAACAACAGCAGCGGGCAGCAGCCCCGAGGCAAGCGGAAUGAUGGAAACUUCCAUCAUGACCACGGCGGAUGCACUUGCCACCGGUGCGGAGAUGGUGGUCGUGGAGGAUGUCUCAUCAUCGAUCGAGCACCACCACCACCACCACCAAACGGCGCUGAUGAACGGCAUCACCGUCACGCUGGCGAACGGUGGCACCGUCACCGUCGGCGAGGAGGAGGAAGAAGAGGAGGUGGUGGAGGGCGACGACGGCGAUAGUAAUAAUAAGUACGAUGUCGCUGAUAAGGAUGAGCACGAUUUGGGUGCUAUUGAUUUUGCCAGCGCAGCGACCCACAACAAUAUGGAAGUGGAGUCGACGCCACCGCCGGGCGGCGGCGAUAAGAUGCGGUGCUACGGGGCGACCGCGGACGACGAUAACGACGGGACGGGUGCGGCGAUGAUGAUAGUGGAUUCUGUGGGCGCUACCGAGACGGCCUGCAGCACCAUCAGUAACAGCAGCAACAGCAGUAGUAGCAGCAACAGCAGUAGCAGCAGCUCGAGCAGCUCGAGCGGCUCUUCGAGCGGUAGCGCGCGGAGCGGCCUAGCCCAGCGCCCCGAACCGGACGAACGCGUCGAGCAGGAGGACGAAGAAGAGGAAGAGGAAGACGAGGGGGAGGAAGAUGAGGAGGUAGGGGAGGAUGAGCAGGCGCCGGCGCAGGUCGCCGAGGAGCAGGGGCACGGCGGGGACGUGAAGCUCAGCGUGGACAAGCUGCAGCUGCAGAUGAUGCAGACGGACGACGAUCCGCUGCUGCAGGAAACGAUCAACGCGCUCAUGAACGGGGCGGCCGGCAUCGAGGUGGUCAACACGUCCGAGCACGAUCCGAACGAUCCGGCCGCAUCGGCGAUCGCGAGCGAUCCGAACAUCGCGACGGUCAUCGCCACCAGCGGCCGACCGGCGAACGAGGAGGCGGGCGAGACGGACCGCAACUACGAGUGCACCUACUGCGGGAAGCUGUUUACGCGCUCCAACACGCUGUCCUACCAUCUGAAGGUGCACACCGGCGAGCGGCCGUUCAAGUGCAAGCACUGCGCGAAAGCGUUCCGCGAGCAGUACCGGCUGAUGAAGCACCUCAAGACCCACUCGAAGUACCGCAACCGACGGUUGGAGCAGCAGCAGGGUCAGCAGGGCCCGGAGCAGCGAGCAAUGAGCGCACCCCGUAUGCGGGUCCAUCUGCAGCGCGGCCGGGGCGCUACGGUGACCGCAAUGAUGGCCGAAUCGAACGGGCUGGUGGCGACCGGGGAGGAAGACUACACCACCGGGGAUAGUGAGCGGUUUUUCAAAAGCUACGAUCUGCCCGACGGUUCCGUUGCGAUGAAGCUGGAGCCGGACAUUUCGCUGACGGAAGAUGCGGACGUGUCGGAGGACGUCGGGCCGGAAGCGAUGCUUGCGACGGAAGAGGUGGAGACGGCCGAGGAGCACCACCAGCACCACCAGCAACAGGAUCAGAUCAUUGUGGCGCAGGAACCAGACCCGAACAUGCUGCAGGAGGACGUUGCUCACGGGGAAGGAAGCGAAAUUCGAUACCAAAUCAUGGAGGAGCGGAUAAAGUCGCUGCAGCGUGAGGUGCACAUGGUCAACCAGAGCCUGUCGCGGGUAGAAUCGAAGGUGGACGGACUGACGCGCAUCAUUUCGCUGUUCAUUGGCAAGUUUGAGGAUGAGUCGGAACUCGCCAAUCAAGCGGCCCAGCAGCAGCAGCAACAGCACGAACAGGAACAGGAACAAGUGCAGGAACAGGAACAGGAACAGGAACAGGAACAUGAACAGGAACAGGAGCAGGAGCUGACGACCGUUUCUGCCGACGGCGAAACAGUCGUGCCCGUCACCUCCCUUACCAUGAUGUCGCCCGAGCAGCAGCAGCAGCACGCUUCCACCUCAACAUCUCCCUCCUCGAUACAGCCGAAAACGAUCUUCCUCACCACGGCGGCACCACAGGGCACCCCGACCGCCCAGCUAAAGGUACAGCCGGUCGGGGUGUUUCAAUCGUCGGCCACUCACCCCGCCCAGCACCGAUCCGGACCGCUCGCAAAGGAACCGCGCACCUACACGCACUACUAUCAGUUCACCGACCCGGCGACGGUAGUGCACGUGAAACCGGAAGGUGAUCCGUCGCCCUCGCCGACGCCACCGCCCGGCCACACGCAGCACCUGAAGCUGGCCAGCAACGGCGGUGGCGGCGGCGGCGGCGGCAACCAGCUGCUCGACACAUUCCCCGACAUACCGGAGCUGCCGAUCCGGACCGUGAGCGACUUUCUCGACCUGAACGAUCACUGUACCGAUAACGAGCAGUUCCUGCUGCAGAUGAUGAUACGCUUGCACCAAGAGGUACACAACUCGCAACCAUUCCAGCGGAACGUGAAGCGCAUGAUGGAAGCGCUCGUGACUUACGACGUGCUGUGCCAGUUUAGCUGGAGCGGCAAAUCGGCCAUCAAUGGACAGUACACCAAGUACGUGUUUGGCAACAGUUUGGGCAUCAUCGAUCUGCUGACGAAAACGCUCAACCUCGGCAAAAGUGCCGCGGAAGCGCAAGCCGACCAGAAAGCCAUCUUUGCCGCAAUACAAAGCUUCAUCAAGCAUUCGCGCCAGAAUAUGAUACGCGACAGCCGGAAGCGGCGGGAUCCGAUGAUGCGCGGUAGCGUUGCGUUCACCGGUGCCGGCGGGGAAAUCAUAGCCGGCAUGAUGCCCGACACCACCACCACCACAUCCGCCAUCACGUACCACGUGGCGAACGGGGGCGAACGGUUUCAGAUCAAGCAGCUUAAAACGGAACGGCACCAUCAUCAGGAGCAGGCGGAGCAGUCGCAGCAGCAACAGCAGCUGGCGAAUCCGUUCUAAGGCAAAAUUUGACCCGCUUGGUUGACACGGCCAAACGCGGCCUGGUGUGGCCUCUUCUGUAAAUAGAUGUCUUAUUACUUAUUUUUUUAUAGA